GGGGAUAAGCUCGGAGUUGACAAAAGCGAGCUGCCUCGGAACAUUUUAUGCAUAGUUUUAAUUGCAAAGUUGUUGAGGUGACACACCACACUGGCGAGGAUUACAUUAUUUUGCAGGCCAAACCUCCUCGCCGCGCCUCGGAUUUGCUCUCACUGUGGAAUCACCAGCACCACACGGCAGAGGGAAAACGGGGACUUUAUUGUUCAAGGCUAGCUAGCUAGCUUUGCCAAGCGGCUUGUUUUUUGUGUGUGGAGUGUGGACGUCUGGCUAUAUGGCUACGAAUUUUGAACCGAUAUAUGGUCUUUCAGAAGAUGAGCAUGAAACGAGGGUGCUACGGGUUAAGGUCAUUGCAGGAAUCGACCUGGCGAAGAAGGACAUCAUUGGAGCCAGUGACCCUUAUGUCAAACUUUCCCUCUAUGUUGCGGAUGAAAACAGAGAGCUUGCCUUAGUCCAAACAAAAACCAUUAAAAAGACCCUCAAUCCCAAAUGGAAUGAGGAAUUCUACUUCAGAGUGUGUCCACAGAAUCACAGACUGCUCUUUGAGGUGUUUGAUGAAAACAGAUUGGCUGUCUCCAAGAAUGGGCUUUUCCAUCUCGGACAGACCAGAGAUGAUUUCCUGGGACAAGUUGAUGUGCCUCUCAGUCACUUGCCGACAGAGGAUCCUGCAAUGGAGCGGCCCUACACUUUUAAAGACUUCCUUUUGCGGCCCAGAAGUCACAAGUCCAGGGUGAAGGGCUACCUGCGCCUGAAGAUGGCCUAUCUGCCCAAACAAGGAGGACAGGAUGAAGAGGCCGGGGAGAUGAGAGAGGAGGCUGAGGGUUGGGAUGAUUCUGCAGACUCCGGCUCCCAGCGACCCCAGCAGCUGCUGCCCCCACUGCCCCCAGGUUGGGAAGAGAAGGUGGACAACCUGGGACGCACCUAUUACGUCAACCACAACAACCGCACUACACAGUGGAAACGGCCCUCCAACAUGGAUGUGAUUUCAGAGACAGAGAGUGACAGCCAUCAGCGGCAGAUCCAUCAGGAGGCGCAUCGUGUGUUUCGCUCAAGACGCCAUAUCAGUGAAGACCUUGAGAACGAGCACAUGGAGGCCAGGGACAUGGACAAUUCCUGGGAGCUAAUCACAGAAGAGGACCCGAACGACUGUUUGGCCCAGUCCUUGCCUGGCCCCUCCUCCAUCAUGACACCCAAGCACCCACAGACACCGAUCACUCAGGAGUUUUCUGAGGAUUUGAAUAUGAGGCUGUCACUUACGCCCGAAACCAAUGGAGAGAUGCCAGGGCCCAGCUCUGCUCUGACCCAGCUGUCGAACCGACUUCGCUCCUCCAGUAUGACUGAUGGCGUUAGUGAUCAGGCCCAAGCUCCUCCCCUGAUGCAGCCCAGUUCGCAGUCCAGAAGAAUGAGAGCUCAGACAGUCACAGGCGGUGAGGAGCCUAUGUCUCCCACGGCAACUGCUUACACCUUGACUACCCCUGGCCUGCCCCCGGGAUGGGAGGAGAGGAAGGAUGCCAAGGGACGAACUUAUUACGUCAACCAUAACAACCGCUCCACUACCUGGACUAGGCCUAUUGUGCAGCUGACUGAAGAUGGAGCCAGCACCUCAGCAGCAGCAUCAGGAGGGGCCUCGGCCAUGGCAGCCUCCUCCACCCCCUCCACCUCCUCCUCAGCCUCCAACAACCAUCUCCAUGAGCCCCAGGUCCGACGACCCCGUAGCCUCAGCUCCCCUACUGUCACCCUCUCUACCCCCUUGGAGGGAGCAAACAACAUCCAAGUGCGGAGGGCUGUGAAAGACACGUUUUCCAACCCCCAGUCUCCCCAGCCAUCCCCCUACAGCUCCCCCAAGUCUCAGCAUAAGCCCCAGCAGAGCUUCUUGCCCCCUGGCUGGGAGAUGAGGAUAGCCCCCAAUGGGCGACCCUUCUUCAUCGACCACAACAGUAGGACCACCACCUGGGAGGAUCCCCGGUUGAAGUAUCCAGUUCAUAUGAGGAAUAAGAACUCAAUGGAGCCUGGUGACCUUGGCCCUCUUCCUCCUGGAUGGGAGGAAAGAGUUCACACAGAUGGACGCACCUUCUACAUUGACCACAACACAAAGAACACCCAGUGGGAGGACCCCCGUCUGCAGAGUCCAGCUAUCACAGGACCUGCUGUCCCCUACUCCAGAGAGUUCAAACAGAAAUAUGACUACUUCAGGAAGAAAUUGAAGAAACCAGCGGACAUUCCCAACCGGUUUGAGAUGAAGCUACACAGGAACAACAUCUUCGAGGAGUCGUACCGUCGUAUCAUGUCCCUGAAGAGACCAGAUAUUCUGAAGGCACGGCUGUGGAUUGAGUUUGAGUCAGAGAAGGGAUUGGACUAUGGCGGUGUGGCCAGAGAGUGGUUCUUCCUUUUGUCCAAGGAGAUGUUCAAUCCUUACUAUGGGCUGUUCGAAUACUCUGCCACAGAUAACUACACUCUCCAGAUCAAUCCCAACUCUGGCCUGUGCAACGAAGACCACCUCUCCUACUUCAAGUUUAUUGGACGGGUUGCAGGAAUGGCCGUGUUUCACGGGAAACUGUUGGAUGGUUUUUUCAUUCGACCAUUCUACAAAAUGAUGCUGGGAAAACAGAUCUCUCUCAAAGACAUGGAGUCUGUGGACAGUGAGUACUACAACUCCCUCAAGUGGAUUCUGGAGAACGACCCCACUGAGCUGGACCUGCGGUUCUGUAUCGACGAGGACAACUUCGGACAGACCUACCAGGUGGACCUAAAACCAAGUGGCUCCGACAUGGUGGUCACCAACGACAACAAAAAGGAAUACAUCGACCUGGUAAUCCAGUGGAGGUUUGUCAAUCGGGUUCAGAAGCAGAUGAACGCCUUUUUGGAGGGCUUCACCGAGCUCAUUGUCAUUGAUCUGAUCAAGAUCUUCGAUGAAAACGAGCUGGAGCUGCUCAUGUGUGGUCUGGGUGACGUGGAUGUCAACGACUGGAGACAGCACACUGUUUAUAAGAACGGCUACUGUCCCAACCACCCUGUCAUCCAGUGGUUCUGGAAGGUGGUCCUGCUGAUGGACGCUGAGAAGAGAAUCCGUCUUCUUCAGUUUGUCACAGGAACGUCCAGAGUUCCCAUGAAUGGCUUUGCCGAGCUCUAUGGCUCCAACGGGCCUCAGCUGUUCACCAUCGAGCAGUGGGGAACGCCAGAUAAGUUGCCAAGAGCUCACACAUGUUUCAAUCGCCUGGAUCUGCCCACCUACGACUCAUUUGAGGACCUGAGAGAGAAGCUGCUCAUGGCCGUGGAGAACGCCCAGGGCUUCGAGGGGGUCGACUAAACUGUGAAACCCCCCGACUGCAUCCAAACCACAGUAACAAAAGAGGAAAAAAAAAAAUCAAACGAAUAAAUAAAUAAGUAAAACAUAUAAAUAAAGCCACAGGGAUGUCAAACAAACUGCCGUUUUUUUACAGUGGCCGUAGCAGUUCUGUGCAAGCAUGUUGUACUGUAUGCCUGACUGUGAGCCACCUCCACUGCAUGGUGGUUUGAGACUGUACAGUGACUUGUCGAGCCAAUAUGCCUACGUCCUUUCUCUUUUCUGUGUGAGUCGGUCACUCCUUAAAGGUGCUGGGGCAGGGCUUGGAUGGGGAAAGGGGGUGGGGUUGGGGUGGGCGGGGGGGGGGUUGAGUUGCACCACAGAAUGCUGAAUCGUAUUACUACACAGGCAUGAGCGAUGAAUGAUAAGAACUGGCCCCCCUAUAUGCCGUUUCUUUCCCCUCUUCCCUUAUCCUGUGAAAAUCUACAGUGCUGGAAAACACUAAUGCAUUUCAAUAGCUCCUUUUAUGUACACUAUAUAGCGCAGUAUUUCAGUGCCCUUCUGUGUAAGGGUCUUAGCAUGGCCUUAAUCUGGCUCCUACAUGCACUAUUUCUCUAACAUACUGCAAUGGCACUAUGACCACGGUUCUCUCAAACCCUUAUACCAACACCAGAUUACCUUAGGAAUGCUAGCCAACCACAGAUCAGGAACUCGGCCACACCCUUCCUUCCAUAGAGCCUCAUCUCUGUCGUGUGAUCAGUGAUCGCCACUGCAGCCUUUUUGUAGAGUAAUUUUUUAUCCACUGGGAUGGAUUGGAGGAUGGGGUAGGAAGUCAUCCCCACAGACGGUUUUAUAGUCUUCUUUUGCCAGUCAAAAAGGAAUAGGAAGUCUUUUUUUUUUUGUUUUUGUUUUUUAGUUUUGUCUUUUUAAUCAUUGGUAUAAUUCUUACAGGAAAAUAGUCAACGUAUUUGUACUGAUGAACAAUGUUGUUUACUAUUUUGACAAUUAUGUAUGAUGUGUGAAGUGUAAAUCUGGCUAAUUUGGGAAAAGAUUAAUCCAUAUCAUUUGUUACGGUGAUAGAACAUGUGUUGAAUAAACUGGUUUUUAUCGUAGUGCUAUGAAAGCGGCAUGAAAUCGUAUCUUGUGUUUGCUUUGAUUACAUAGUAAUUGGAAGUGUAAUCUCCCUCUUGGUCUCAAGGUUCGGGAAGGGAAAAGUUAAAUGGGGAUAGUUUCUCUGAGACGUUUGCAUCACAUUGAUCAUAUUAAUAUUCUCAUGCCUAUUCCCUGUUCAUAAUGCUGUAAAUUCUUGGAAAACAUUUUAAAUUUCUUUCAUGAUAUAUAAAUAUAUGUAUGUAUUACAUCUAACAGAAGUAUUAAUGAUCAACAACACUAAAAUGAAGCUGUGUGUGUGCGUGUGUGUGUUUGAGAGAAAAGCUGUGAUUGCCACUGAAUAUAAAGCAGCAUGUUUCUUACAAAAAAACUUUUGUUUUUUUUUUUAUGUUUAUGUUUUUCUCUCCUUUUUCUAACACCAUUGAACCUAAAGGGCACUUUAUAGAUCACUCUGAGGUCAUGUCGCCUGUUGUAUGUCUUUUAUCAUUAACUUGAAUGUGAUUAUGUUUUUUUUUUUUUUUUUUUUCCAUUCAGAGCACUUACCUGGUGCAAUAUAAAUAGUCUGUAAAUCUGGGCUGCUGCUAAGGUAGAAAAAGUUAACAGAUGUGAAGCAGAGACUUCACACCCUUUAGUAUUCUGUUCCUCUCUUUUUGUUGUCUCUUUCUCCCCCCGCCCCCUUCCCUCGUAUGGCUUCCCUCUGUGACCCACCACCCAAACAGACUCAGUAUAGAUUUUCUUCUUUUUUAGGGGGUUUCCUCUCUCUCUUUUUUAUUAAUGGCAGGAAAAUAUCACUUUUGUUAAAGAUCCCACCACUCUACUGCAACUCUUUGUGGUUCAUUUAACUUCAGUCAAAUAAAAAUGCAACUUCUCAAAA